AUGAGCGGCAACUCGACCGUCGGCGUUGCCGAGUCUGCGCGCGAGGUCUGCGGCUGGCGUUUCUCCUGCCACAAGGCCCCAGCAAUGAGCUCGGCGCAGCGCUAUGCAUUGUCUGCAGAGCUGCGUCUCCGACCCGCGAUCCCCCUCCCGGAGGUCGUGUUCGCCGACAGCACGCUCCAGAUUGAGCACCAAGCUAGUGGGUUGGCGAUCCAUUUUGAUGCCAAAGAGGCCCUUCACACGUGGAUCCGGGACCACGAUGGGGAUGCUGAUCGGUGGGAGCCAUCGUCCUUUGACUUCACGUACAGCACGAGCUACGAUGGAUCUGUAUCCCACGAGGGACGUUCUCCAGAGAUCAUUCAAACAUCGGAGAUAUUGCCUCUUGCGAAACUGCAGCAGCAAGUGGCCAUCCUCUUCUACGAGCGCGUUCUCCUGUUCGAAGAUGACAUCCGCGACCUUGGUGAAAUUUACGUCGAAGUUCGAGUGCGAGUGAUGGAGUUCGGAUUUUUACUCUUGUGCAGGUACUAUUGCCGCAUUGACGAGAAGACCGUGAAGUUGCAGGACACCCGAUAUUACCACGAGUUUGGCGACAAUUUCAUCUGGAGGGACCAUGAGCGCCGAGAAUCAACCACGGCAGCAGUAAAGCAGAUCCUGGGUGCGAGGCAUCCCGAGCAGCAGGAUGCGCCGUUCGAGCUGUCCGGGGAUGUCGUGUACGGCUUGUUGCGACCGAUGUCGACAAUGACGGAGAAAAUUCACCUUACCACGUCGGGCUGAGGCAGCUAUUGUCGGACGUACAGCCCGGGUCCACCAGCACGUACACGUAGUGGAGUUCAGCAUUACCCGUUGCGAUAUGCCUGAUGAAAAAGCUUCGAGGCUUGAUAACUCUGCUGUAGCCGUGUAG